UUUUCAAUUUUGCUUGGCUCCUGCCUCAAGUGCAGCAGGAGCAUUUCUGCAUGAGGGCCAGACGAUAAGAUGCAAGUGGUUUCUGUCCUUCCUCUGAUUGGCUCCAGGACGGCGCAGGCUCGGGGCCGGGGCCAUGUCUCCCCAUCACACCACCCUCCUGGGCCUCGCGCUCUGUCUGAGCUGGGUGAUCCACGCGCAGGAGGGGGCCCUGCCCAGACCCUCCAUCUCUGCUGAGCCAGGCUCUGUGAUCCCCUGCGGGCAGCCUGUGACCAUCGUGUGCCGGGGCCCUGCUGAGGCUGAGACAUUCCGCCUGGCAUGGGAGGAUGGCUCUAACUACACCGAUCAGAAGAUCCUGCCCCAACAUCCUCCACAUGAGACAGAGGCCAGAUUCCCCAUCACCAGAGUGAGUGACAACACUGCCAGGCAUUAUUUCUGCCGCUAUCAUAACAGUUUCAGCUGGUCUGAGCGCAGUGAGUUCCUGGAGCUGGUGGUGACAGGAGCCCCUGGAGACAUCAGCUCCCCAACCACCCAGCCCUCAGCUGGCCUGUCGACACAGUAUGUUUAUAUCCUCCUUGUGGUCGCUGGGGCCUUUCUCAUUUGUUUAUUCCUCCUGGUCCUCUUCUUCCUCUUUCGUCGGCAUCGGAAAAAACUUGGGCUCCCCAGCAGCAGAGCCAAGGAGCAGAAGCCCCAGGAGAGGCUCAGCCCGGCUGUUGACAUCCUAGGGAGGACACCAGAUCUGGCCGUCGUCGACAGUCCUCCUGAGAAGGACAGGGAAAUGCACACCUCGACCUCUGCUGCAGGAGGCCCCCAGGAGGUGACAUAUGCCCAGCUGGACCACAGGACCUUCACACAGAGGCCAGCCCAUGCCGUGUCCCCACAGACCACAGAGCCCACAGCCGAGACCAGCACAUAUGCAGCCCUUGCCAGACGCUGACCACAGGCCCACCUAGCCUCUGCACCUAAAGACACAGGACGUCACUCUUGUAAAAGCCUGACGUGGCCAUUUGGAGAGCUUCCCUAUGGAAUCAUCUCUUUCUGGAAAGUCAUCCAGUCUCUUCACCUGGAGGCAAGAGCUGGAGUUGGGGGAUUCCUAACCAACAUGUGGGAGAGUAGUUAACCGUGUGGUACCUCCUUCAAUCAACUAGCUCAUUGGAGAGCACACACAACACUUGCUUUUGGAGACCCAGCUACAGUCCCUUGGCUGUUUCCAGAGACCCAGCUACAGUCCUACAGUCACCCAGCUGCUUCCAGACAUGCCAUGAAUUUCCAACUGCCCCCAGAGACUCUGUUUUAAUUGUCUGCCCAGCUGACUUUGAAGACUUCAUAGAGUUCAGUUACUGACCUUGAACCUGGGCUCUACUUAGGCAGCUGAUAGCUGAGACCCCGUUUUCUGGAUCAUGCUUCAUUUUGUUCAUCAAUAAAUGUUUUCACAGGCCUGA